AUGAUGAGAGCCGACAAUCCAGACGACGGCCUCGGCUCCACCGCCCCACCUCAGAUCCAACAGUUUCUCGCACAAACCAACCAGCUCCAACAGCGCUACCAGUCGUUCCUCGAUCAAACCACCCCUUACCCUCUCCAUCGUUGGGGUGCCUCCGCCUUUCUGCUCUUCAUCUUUUUGCUCCGAAUCGUCCUGUCGCAGGGGUGGUACAUCGUCUGCUAUGCUCUGUUCAUCUACCUCCUCAACCUGUUCCUCGCAUUCCUGACACCGAAGUUCGAUCCUAGUUACGAGGCGGAUCUCGCAGAACAGGAUGUAGAGGAGGGAGAACCAGGUCUGCCCACGUCCGCCUCAAAGGCAUCCUCCGGGGGAGGUGGUGGGAGCGGGUUGAUGAGCGGUGUGUUCGGAGGUGCAGGUGGUGCAGGGUUGAAUGGGAGCUCGGGCGACGACGAGUUCAGACCGUUCAUCAGGAGGUUGCCAGAGUUCAAGUUCUGGUUGUCAGCAACGCAGGCCAUCGUACUGAGUCUUCUGGCGACAAUGAGCAGCGCAUUCGACGUACCCGUCUUCUGGCCGAUCCUUUUGAUGUACUUCUGCAUUUUGUUCACCAUCACCAUGCGAAGACAGAUCAAACACAUGAUCCGUCACAAGUACGUCCCCUUCGAUCUCGGUCGAAAGACCGUCUACGGUCGCAAGUAA